CAGUGAAGUUGGUGGUAGUCAACAGAAGUCUUGACAUGACAUUAGCAAGGAAGAUUCUUAUUGAGACCCACACAUAGAAAAGCCCACAGGAGAACUGUGAGAGCUCACUUCAGGAUGAAGUUGCAAGAGCUAAGUACAUUUAACACCAGCAAAUGCUAUCCAUUGACCAACAGAUGCAAGAAGGUCCUUCUUCCAACAACUACAGCUCCUGUGAUGGGAACCAGGCUACUUGGAGCGCAGCUUCCUCUCCUGCUGCUGUUGGCUGGCCUGCAGAGACCCACGGUGAGUUCCCAGGCUGCUAUUAAAAUCAACUUUGACUUGGCACCAAAUUCCUUUGAUGACCAAUACCAAGGCUGCAGCCAACAGGUCAUAGAGGAGCUAAGUCAAGGGGAUUAUUUCAAGAAAGAACUAAAAGGCCGAAGGAAUUAUUCCAGGGUCUGGCAUAAUGCUCACCUAACCUGGCUGGGCCGAGAUAAAGCCCUCCCUGAGAACAUGACUAUCACGCACGCUGUGGUCAUUUUGGUUUACACAUUGAACAACAAUGUUCGCUCUGACUUCACCAGAGCCAUGGCCAGCGCUGGCAGGACUCCAUGGCAGUAUAAACAUUCAUUCCAUUUCAAGUAUCUACACUACUAUCUGACCUCAGCGAUCCAGCUGCUGAGGGAAAGGAUUAUAAUGAAGAAUGACUCUCUGUGUUAUGAGGUGUAUCACGAGGCUGAUUUCUACUUGGAAGCUUACGUAGGUGCCAUCCUUCGAUUUGGCCAAUUCCUCUCCACCUCCCUCUUAAGAAAAGAGGCACAGAAGUUUGGAAACCAAACUCUAUUUACCAUAUUUACCUGCCUGGGUGCACCUAUACAAGACUUCUCUCUCAAGGAGGAGGUCCUGGUCCCUCCCUAUGAGUUGUUUGAAGUUGUAAACAUGAGCUACCACCCGAGAGGAAACUGGUUACAAUUGAGGUCAACUGGAAAUCUGAGCACAUAUAACUGUCAGCUGCUAAAAGCUUCCAGCAAAAAGUACACCCCUGCUCCUGCAGUUACUGUUGUUCUCUCCGUUUUCAUCAAUGUCAUCAUCUCUUCUGAAAGUGGAGUGUAAAGGAACCUUGCCAUUUUGAUUUUCCUGAACCCGUUUGCUUUAUUUCAGACAGGACACCCUGAAUAUCCUUGUGGAAUCACCCCUCCCCCAUAAUCAAUUGAUGCACAGCAGGCUUAGCCCAUUGUCUGUGAGUGGGCCUGUAACUCAGUAUGUUUCUUCUCCAUGGACACAGAGAUCCAUGCUAGAGUAGAAAAUAACCCAAUCAGAGUCUGUGAGAUAAAUUCAGGGUAUUAUUUUGGCACUGGGAUUAGGAUUGGGGUGGGGCAUUUUUUUUAAUGGAGAUGACCAAAAACAGAAUAUGAGCCCAGAGCUGCUAGCAGCUAUCAUGUCCCCAAGAGGGGAGACCUUAUCUCCCUGAGAAUGGAGUUAACACAGUAAAGGGAGAGUUAAGAAAAGAAAAAAAAACUAGGUCCACAUGCAAGUGUAUGAGCCCCUAUAUCCAACUGUGUCUGAAACUGGACACUGUGGGCUUUUUAAUUACAUGAAUCAAUAGAUUAUAUUUUUGCUUAAAUAAUUUGAAUUAAACUUUUUAUCUCAAGCAGUUGGGGGAGUUAUGAUGAAUGUAAGGACACACCAUUAAUUUUUAUUUAGUAAUCCUAAAUAAGAACAAAUCAAAUCUUGAGUUAGAAAGCAAAGGACCACUUCUUCAUCAAAUGGAAAAACUUUGAGACCCAGAGACAUAAUUAAGGAGGGAAUGUUCUUCAGAGAUUUUUAUUAGUAUUCAAGACCAAAUUAGUGUGGCCUCAGAUGGGUGGAAACUUAAGAAAUACAAAGGAAAGAUGUUAGUGAAAUCACUAUCACUGCUGGCAAUGGGGUGUUGCAUAAAUAUUUCUAAAUUACAAAAAAUAAAAUUUAAACUCAUAUGUUAAUUUAUAUAGAACUUAAUGAAAAUUGGAUUUUAAGUAUUCAUCAUUAAUUCACAUUUUUAAGAACAUGUAUAGAGGACCCAUGUAAUACACAACAAGAUGGGGAUUGACUGAGGGGGCAGGAGACAGCAACAGGAGAAAUAUUGGGACAACUGUAAUUGAACAAGAAUUUUUUAAAAAGGAAAGCGUGUGGAUGUGUGUGAAGAUAAAGUCAAAGAUAUGAGAGAAGAAAAGCAUCUAGCUACAAGCAAAUAUCAACAAUAUAUUGAGUCUCCAUUAUAUGCAAACAAUGAGGUAAAAAGAAGGAUAAAUCUUUGAAUUUCGCAGUUGGGAAUGUUCCCCCCCUCUUCUUCCAGGAAUACACCAUAUAGGUGCAGUGAUGGGAGGUUACCUGACCUCAUCUCCAAAGACCCUUGUAUUGGGCUAAAUGGAGUGAAAGUGAGAGGUAGCUUCAUACCUUUGAAUUCUGAAAGUCCAUGCUACUUAGAGAUUUGGAUAAGAAACAGCAAAAGUGAAAAUCAAUUCAUGUAGCCCAAGUAGGACUUCCUGAAGGGUCUGUGUCAUGAUAGAGGAAACUCAGUGGGAAAUUAGAGGUAUAAAAUCACCUGGUAGAGAAGUCAGCCAUCUAGUACUAUGAUUGUUUACAUUGGGACUUUGAGAAUAUCAGGGCCGAGGACACUUCUGUCACGUAGCUUGCGAUGGACUCUGUACCCAAUAAAGCCAGCAUGGAGUUUCCAUAAAGAUAAUUUCUAUGUUCACUACACAGGGACUUUGGCAGGUUAGUGGCUAUCUGGGAUCCAAGAAAGCUUUGAAGUAAGCUUUUGUUAGUGAGGCAGUGAUGAAAUAUAUCAGGAAUAGGCUCCCAACAUCUUGGAUAUUUUUUUCUGGGCCAUAUUAAGGCAUUUACUCAGUCAUACUAUGCACAAAACAUUUUUGGGAUUAAACAUUGAAUAUACUAGGCCAGAUCUUCCAUGAAUUAAUGAGCUCUUGGGAAAAAUUAAGAAAAGAACACAAAUAAAUCACAAAGGAAAUACAAAAAAAAGAGGAAAAUCAAGUCUUCCACUCAUGAAAAUCCAGAAGAGAGAGUCCUUCUAACUGAGGCAAGAUGAGAAGCUUCACACAGGAGAUAGCAUUUGAGUGAGCUCUUAAGACAUUGAAGCAGGAUCAAGGGGUGAGAGAAAGGAAGGAAAACAGUAGGGACAAGAAUGUAUCAAGUGUUUAGUGCCAAAAGUAAGUACAAAUAAUAAGUUUUUGGAGUUUAGAGAAAAAUGAGAUUCCUCUGGCCUGAGGCUGGAUAUAGCUUUCUAUCAGAGCAGAGGCUUAGGGGAGGAGCUUCACAUUGGUGGGAAAGAAAGCUGAGUAGAAAAAAGAGGUGAGAUAGAGGGAUGGUCAAGGCAUAUCAGGGUCAGAAAACAGACAGGUCUGCCAGAGUGGAGGAGUAAUGUAGACUGGAGCGGAAAGUUGAAGCCUCUCAGUUAAGCUCAAAAGCCAGACUAAAGCAUUUGAUCUCCACAAAAAGUCAGUCUUCUGGGUAAGAAAAUUCUCCUAAAUCAGUUACUCUUAAAGCAUGCUCCCAGUAUCAGCAGCGACCGCAUCCCUGAAGAACCUGUUAGACAUGUGAAUUCUAGGACCUGAACCCAAAUCUAUGGAAUCAACAACUGAAAUCGUGUUUAAUAAACCCUCCUGGCUUGUGACAUAUGUGAUUAUAGUCCUGAAGGGAAUAAUGAAGUUUUUUUAAAAGAUAAAUUCGUUCUUCCUUUGCCUGCUUCUGUUUUACUGAAUUGAUCUCUGGAGACAGAAAUGAUUUUCUUGAAUCAAGUAGAUUUGUGGGUUUAGGUAAGGAGGAAUGUACAUGGUUUGCAUUCUCUCAACCUCUGCCUGUAGUCUCAAUUUUUAGAGCAAGGAGUCUGUAAAGUGCACCAUAGAUUUAACAUGAUUCAAAGCUUAAGUUGAUGAAACUUUAGAAGACCAGUUUCAAAAAAUUCUCUGUAAUUUCUGUACCUUUGUUAGGCUGAGAUAUCUUCUGAAGAUAAAGAGACCUUCAGAUAUGCAUUAAUUCACAUGGAGUGUUAACAGAGACUACAUUGUAAGAGUGCAUAGUACCUAUCUCCUAUUAUAAUUUUAUUAAAGUAACACAUGCAUCUCUUUUUUUGUAGAUACAAAAACACUGUGGACUCACUUAUUAAUUUUAUCCUUAUAAUACAGUGUCCUAAUAUGCUUAUCUGCUUGUCCUGAGGUUUUCUAUUUGCUCUUACUUAAAAAAAACAAUCUACUAAAAGAAAAUUUUGGUAGAGUUUGGUUUGAUUGGGGAAUGAGGAUUCUAUGCCUGAAUUGCCUAAUGAUCUGAAUCAAAUGGACUUACACUAAGUGGACUGGUUCUUGAUUUGGUAAAAUUCAACAGACAUUAUUUAGCUGGAUGUUCUCAGACAUACCAAGAUGUGCUAAACAUUGUCUAUGGAUAGAACGUGUGCAUGGGAGGGGAGCUAUUAUAAAAGUAUUACAGGACUUUUCUUUCUAUCUUUCUUCCUAUUGUUAUUUUUUAGUAACUAAGGAGGUUACCUUGGUGGAAGUGAUUGCAUAGAAGGCUAAAAAACAUGUAGAAUACCUUCUUCCUCCCUCUUCAUCAAAUGCCCACACGUAAUUUCUUUCCCUUUUUGUUUCUCAUGCUUCAGACUUUUUUGAACAGAGUAUAGAGAAAAUCUCUUUUUAAAGGAAAAAGUGAGAUUUAAAAUUUUAAAUGAGAAAAACAACUUAGGCAUUUUCAGAAAGAAAAUUCAAAUAAAAAACUAGAGUGAUUAAUUGCUUUUCAACAAAGUUCCUACUGGAUGUCAUGUGAAAUACGGCAAUCUUGAGAGCAUACAUUUACAGUGCAUGAGAGCCAAAGACUUUGUGGUAGGCAAAUGAACUGGUCUGACUUUUCUUCCCCAAUACAAGCACAUCUCAAACAUCCUACUUCUCCAAGUGUUAUAUGGUGUUUUCACUGAGAAAGAUUAGAUCACCUCCAUUUUCCAGCCUCUAAUAUCUCCUAAUCACAAGACCUCAGUAGGACACAAAUGAAAAUAAAUCAUCUACUCUAACCUCAUUUAUGUAAGAAAAUUUUAUUCUCAUCCAUUGUUCUUAUUUACUUCUGGAUAAAUCUUAUCAAAAGUACUAAGUGAUUGCUUAUGAUAGUCAAGACCCUGAGAUGUACAGAAACUGAGUGACAGAAAUGCAGAGGGUUAUUUUAUAUGUUUCCUAACCCUCAACAGUUGUUUCUGCCAGAUUAUCUAGUGGUAAUUGUUACAUUUGCCUGGACUUUGCACUAUAGUAACUAGAAAUAUAGUUACUAAGUGGAAAUUAGUUUGAAGUUAUUUCAGUUAUCCUUUAAGAUGAAAUACAAUAUUUAGAAACAUCCUCAAAUGUAAUAUUAUCUUGA